GGUGUCUCCUGUAGCUUAAGUUCCACACGAUCUGGACACAUAAAUAUGGACAGAGGAUCCGAAUCCAAUUCUCCCAAGUAGUCUGCAACUAGACUAGCGUGUGUGUCUGUGUCUGUGUCUGUGAGGGACAUCUGGGUUUCUAUUCUAGGGUUUAACAGGAUGUGGCAUGCAUUAUCAAACUCUUCAUGUUGCCAUGGGGUGGAAAUCUGAAUUGUCAACCCAAAGCUCGCUUUGUCUAAUUUGUUUUGUUUGAGGAAGCUUUUGUCAUCUCAACUCAGAUGAUGUUAGUGCAAAGAAAGAAGUGAAGAUUACUAUAGAUAAAAGUCAUCACAGUUAUUAUUACUCACUAACUUUCCAAUGCUCCAGGCAACUUGGAAGCCUUUAUUUGCCUUUUGACAAUAUGAUCAAAAUCCACUGCUAUCAUAACAAACUAGAUUUGGGAAUAGUGAUGUUGGCCAGAAUGUACAGUGCAAGUGAAACAAUGAAAGAAAUUUCUGAUCCCACUAAAAGAAUAUGUAAAAUUAUGAUUUCUUGCCCAAAAUUAGGGCUUGACACUGCCCUCGACCAGAGUGGGAUUAGGGUUUCAGCAGAUGUUGUCGAAGAAGUCCUCAAGAGAUUUGAAAAUGCUGGUAUGGUGACAUAUCGAUUCUUUGAAUGGGCUGGGAGGCAACGUAAUUACGAGCACAGCAUCAGAGCUUACCACACUAUGAUUGAGUCUCUGGCCAAGAUAAGGCAAUAUAAAAUUGCAUGGGAUCUUGUGAACAGCAUGAGGAGCAAAAAAAUGCUGAAUAUUGAGACAUUUUGUAUUAUUAUGAGAAAGUAUGCUAGGGCCCAGAAGGUAGAGGAGGCGAUAUACACUUUCAAUGUCAUGGAAAAAUAUGAUAUGCUGCCAAAUUUAGCAGCAUUUAAUGGCUUGUUGAGUGCUCUGUGCAAGUCCAAGAAUGUGAGGAAGGCUCAGGAAAUUUUUGAUAACAUGAAGGAGCGAUUUGUUCCAGAAUCAAAAACUUACAGUAUUCUGAUUGAGGGGUGGGGAAGGGAUCCAAACCUUCCAAAGGCUAGGGAAAUUUUCAGGGAGAUGGUUGACAUGGGUUGCAACCCUGAUAUAGUGACAUAUGGUAUCAUGGUUGACAUUCUCUGCAAAGCCGGAAGGGUAGAUGAAGCUGUUGAAAUUGUUAAGGACAUGAAUGCUAAGGGUUGUAGACCGACUUCAUUCAUUUAUAGUGUUUUGAUUCAUAGUUACGGGACAGACAAUAAGAUUGAAGAUGCAGUUGAUACAUUCCUCGAAAUGGAAAGGAAUGGAGUCAAGGCUGAUGUGAUUGUGUAUAAUGCUUUGAUUAGUGCCUUCUGCAAAGUAAACAAAUUUCAAAAUGCAUAUAGGGUUUUGAAUGAGAUGAAUUCCAAGGGGAUCAUGCCCAAUUCGAGGACCUGCAAUAUCAUUCUAAACGGCUUAAUAGGUCUUGGAGAGACUGAUCAGGCUUUUAGCGUCUUCCGCAAGAUGAUCAAGAUUUGUGAGCCAGAUGCAGACACCUAUACUAUGAUGAUAAAGAUGUUUUGCAAGAGGGAAGAGCUUAAGAUGGCUCAAAAGGUGUGGAAGUACAUGAAGUCAAAGCAAUUUGCUCCAAGCAUGCACACGUUUUCUGUACUAAUUAAUGGGUUGUGUGAGAAGGGUGAUGUUUCUGAGGCUUGUGUUAUGAUGGAAGAGAUGAUAGAGAUGGGUAUGCGUCCAUCAAGGGUGACAUUUGGGAGGCUACGACAAUUGCUCAUAAAGGAAGGAAGACAAGAUGUACUUGAAUUUCUGAACGAAAAAUUGAAUCUUCUGGUCAAGGAACCUUUAUGUGAUUGAGACGCUCUGCUAAAUCAGUCAAGGCUGCUGAUUGUGUGGAUCUAACAGCAGGAGAUCUAAGAUCUAAUAUGAGAUGACCUCUGCACUACAGCUAGGAGCCUUAUUAUUGAUUAUACAGGAUUCUAGAGCCCCAAUUGCUAGGAAGAAGUCGUGGAAGAUUAAGUCAUCUCAGUAAGGACUUGCAAAUUGCCAAGAAAGACAACAGGCCGACUAUAAAGCUUUCUCAGUUAACACCAAAUGAAGGAUGCAAGGAAUUCUUUUAGCAUCUAACAACUUCACGGGGUGAGAAAUGGUUUGAAUAGAGCUGUUUCUGCACACAUCAUGGUUGGUUCUACUUUUGAGAAUCCAAACAAGGUUAGGAGUGCUAUUUUUUGCACAAGAAGCUGCUUCAAGAUCAGCAACUCGCUUCAACAACAUCUGUGCUCUACACUUUAAAAAAAAAAAAAGCAGCAUGUGAAAUGAGUAUUCUUCUGAACAAGAUUUUGGUUUUUUCAGAGUCCUGAUUUAUUGCCCAUGUCAGUUGGUGUUGGUGGGGUGGAGCAAUAAAUAGCACUGAUAUAAAGCAGGGAAUGAGUCGGAGCCAUUGACACAAUUUCACAUUCCUUACCUGCAAUCAUUUGUGCAGAAUCACACGGCCGUGCCUCUCUCUGCUCCAAAAUCAUUUGCCUGCUUCUUCUACUGACCAUGUUCCAGCAGAUGCAGCAUAGCAGGUGAUUAGCUCACUUCCAACUCUGUUCUAUUAGUCUGCUUUGGAAUGUUACCGGACAAUUUGUCUUAAAAGACAUGGUUUUAGAAUAGCCCCGUCUUAUUUCUCUAAUCCUACUGCAGUUAUAUUUAUCAAUCAAUGGUAGUUUGGAUGGCUUUUGUCCAUUAUUAUUAAUUGGGUAUAAUGACGGAUGAUUGAUUAUAUUUUUGGCAAACCCUUGGUGGUCUUAUGCGGCUAUCAAUUCAUAAUGGUCAUUUGAUUAUAAAUUGAUUUGAAUGGACAUGAUGAGAAUAGAUUUGUAUAGAGAUGAGAUGUAUUGUAUUGGAGAGACUUUGUAGUCUUGGAUUGGUAUUGUAGGUAUGAAACUCGGCAUUUUUGGUGCCAUGGCUACUCAUAUUUUGGAUAAA